UCCUCACCUCUUUCUCGGCCUUGACCUACUCAUUUAAAUACUGGCUGGCAUCCCAUGUCAAUCCACGAGAGGUCUCGAGCUUCCUGGUUUCUCCUCCCUGCUCUCAACUAGUGUUUCUCUGCCGUGAAUGCAGUAGACAUUCAAACCGAUCGUGCCUCUUCCAUCGGCGCUUACCGAAGUGGCUCAGUAACACUCAUUCACUCACCGUAGCCUAGCACUACAGCCACUUCUCUCCCACAAGUUCUAUCAUCUCACCUUACUUCUUCUUUCUUCUUUCUUCGCCUUCUCAUCAUAUUGCAGUUCUACCUGUACAAAAUCGCUGUCUUUCUAAGCCCAUAGUGUCUGCGAGAACGCACGAUAUCCUCCCACUACCGUUCAACUAUCCACACCAUCAGCCAUGGAGAAAGACUUCAUGGAGCCGAAAUAUGAAUCCAAACCCGAGGCCUCCUCGUCCGCCGACCCUCCUCCAUCCUAUGGAGAGACUGAAACAACUAAGGGAAGCAUUGGACAGAGGAUUUGGGACAGCUUCAAAAGAGACCCCAAUGCUCAUGUGACGGCCACCGCACACUCCGGUGCUGAUGGCUCAUCUUACGACAUCGAGCAAGCUGCAAGGAAGACUGCUGAAUCCCCGCUGCAGCGCAAGCUCAAAGGCCGUCACCUUCAGAUGAUCGCUAUUGGUGGCUCAAUCGGUACUGGUCUUUUCGUCGGCUCCGGAAAGGUCUUGGCUGCGGGUGGUCCUGCAUCGGUCCUGAUUGCCUAUGCGUUGAUCGGCUGUAUGCUUUACUGCACCGUACAUGCGCUGGGUGAAAUGGCUGUCCUGUUUCCAGUUGCUGGCUCCUUCUCCCACUAUUCCACUCGUUUCAUUGAUCCUGCCUGGGGGUUCGCCAUGGGUUGGAACUAUGCUCUGCAGUGGUUAGUGGUCCUGCCGACCGAGAUUGUCGCUGCUUCCAUGACCGUCGACUAUUGGAACUCAGGUAUCUCAAGUGCUGCCUGGGUCGCCAUCUUCUGGGUUUUGAUCGUGGCCAUCAACUUAUUUGGUGUAAAGGGUUAUGGAGAAGCUGAGUUUGUUUUCUCGAUCAUCAAGGUUCUUGCGGUGAUUGGCUUUAUUAUUCUUGGUAUCGUUUUGGAUUGCGGUGGGGGUCCCAAAGGUGGCUAUAUCGGGACACGUUAUUGGCAUGAUCCGGGUGCCUUUCACAACGGAUUCAAGGGUCUUUGCAGUGUCUUCGUCAACGCCGCGUUCGCUUUCGCUGGUACUGAAUUGGUUGGUCUCGCGGCAGCAGAGACCGCAAACCCUCGCAAGUCCCUUCCGACCGCUAUCAAGCAGGUGUUUUGGCGUAUCACCUUGUUCUAUAUCCUGUCACUUUUGCUUGUCGGUUUGCUAGUCCCUUACGACAAUGAGAUGCUUAUCAACGGAAGUUCCAGCGUCGAUGCUAAGGCAUCCCCCUUCGUCAUCGCCAUCAAGAACGCCGGCAUCUCGGGACUACCGUCUGUCAUGAAUGUUGUGAUCAUGAUUGCUGUGCUAUCAGUGGGCAACGCCUCGGUUUAUGGUUCCUCACGAACUCUGGCAGCUCUAGCCGAGCAGGGCCAAGCCCCUCAAUUCCUGGCUUAUAUCGACCGCAAGGGCCGUCCUCUUUGGUCUCUUCUGAUUGCGUCGUCGUUGGGUGCACUUGGUUUCCUGGCUGCAUCUUCCAAGCAAUCCGAGGCAUUCAGCUGGAUGAUGGCCAUCUCAGGUCUCUCAUCCAUCUUCACCUGGGGCUCGAUCUGUCUCUGCCAUAUCCGCUUCCGCCGUGCGUGGAAGUUGCAGGGUCAUAGUCUGAAUGAAUUGGCUUUCCGAUCCCAACCUGGUUUGAUUGGAUCCUGGGUUGGGUUCGCCUUCAACUGCCUUGUUUUGGUGGCCCAGUUUUGGGUUGGAUUUGCUCCCACCGGCUAUGCGAGCAUGUCUGCCUCAGAGUUGGUCGAAAACUUCUUCUCCGCCUACCUCGCCGCGCCUGUUGUGCUCGCAUUCUACAUCCCAUACAAAGUAUGGUACAAAACUCCCAUUAUUCGGGCUAAAGACAUGGACCUACAGACCGGUCGACGCGAUUUGGAUAUUCAAUAUCUGAUUGAACAAGAACAAGCCGAACAAGCGGCGUGGCCGGCGUGGAAGAAGUUGUACAAAUUCUUCUGUUAAGCUGAAGUGUUGUCAGCCAGCUGUUCAACAUGCGCAGCACACUUAAUACGAUGAUACCUUGCGUGCCUCCAGUUUUUGUAUGAUAACGAUAAAGCCCCUUCCUGAACUUGUACAGAAGGCGAGCAUCUGGCGCAUCUUGCGAUAGAUCAUUUAGGGUGAUAUGCAAUUCAAUCCCAAUCAACACAACCUUCAUGCUUGCGGAGAGUUUCUGUGUAUAUUCUUUUGCAAAAAGUGGGUGAUACAGUGGACAAAGCGACCGGCGUGGGUUGCUGUCCUAACCAACCCCAAAAUUGCGAGAGUUCGUCUUGUCCACUCUGUUCUCCAGUCUUGGCGGGCUGGAGAGUUGUUGUCCUUCGAGCAACGGGCGAAUGAAUUAACACCGAGUGUCAGUGGAGGAAAGUUCGUAACCAACCUCA